UGAAAAAAUGAAUAAUAUGGGGAUUGCCGAUGAGACAUCUAUUCAGGUCUUUGAUGUUUAGAUGUUAUACACAGACAAACUGGAUACACACUUGACUCUGCAAAUGCACUGUUUCUUUAUAUUCUAUCUUUACAUUCACAUUAUAUUUGUUGAAUGUGUGGAAAAUACUGGUGUAUGUCAAAGGAGGAAUCAAACUGGUGGUGUUGAAGAUGGCUGCUGUGAUAACUUUGAACCUAAACAUGAAGAUCAGGGUAAAUGUCAAGAAUGCCCACCUGGAUCAACAUCAAUGAGAGGCCUUCCAUGCAGUGUUUGUCCAGAUAAUUAUUAUGGUGCAAAGUGUUCUAAUCAUUGCGUAUGUUUGAGUAGUGAUAUAUGUGACAAGGUAAAAGGUUGUGUGCUAAAGACAAAAAUAAAUAUUGUUGGAACAUCAUCAGCGAUGUUGGAAACGAACACUAGAAAUAGGGGUUUGAAUCAUCAAACGACCACUGGAAGUCCACUUACUGAUGAAAACAAAGCAGGACUGAUGACAAAAAAGACGUUAUUGAUUUAUAUCAUGAGUACUGGCUUGUGUGUAGUUUCCAUUGGGUUAUUUGUAUUUUGCCGAAAACGUGGAACUCAAAUAUGCUACAGGUUGAAAUGGAAACAAAAAACGUCAGAUAAUAGUAAGUGUCGAUUCCAAGCUGUGAAUGAAGAUAGUCUUUCAAGGAGUGACAUCAUUUACGACCUCAUCGAUGAUCAACACAUGCUUGAUGAUCCAGAACGUAACGGUUAAAACUAAUUUCCUUUGAUUUAAGAUCAUCGAUCUUGCAUUUAGACACAAAUACAGAUGUUCCAAUGACCUAUGUGACAAGAGUUUAAUCAUCCUGCUUUUAUAUGAUUGAACAUUCGUACUUUUUUUAAUUUUUUUAAUGUCAAUUUAAGAGCAAUGCAUUUUACAAUUAGGGCAAAUUUCAAUAAAUAUGCACUUGCAUUCGAAAAAAAUUUAAAAAAAAGGUAUCUCGCCUUUUACUUUUAUCUUAUUAUAGAUACCAGCAAUGCAAGUAUAUCGCGUUUCAUGUAUAUUUUUUAGUUAUUUGUUAUAAAUGUUUUUUGUUUGUGCAUAUUACAUAAUAAAGAUUGGUUUACAUGG